AUGUCGCCUUCACCCAAACCCAAGAACGAGCCCGAGGUGAUGAUGGGACAUUCACCCACUCCCACGGUAUCAGAAUUAGAUAUGGAAGCAGCUCUAUUGAGAAGUGUUAUCGAUGUUAGACCAAUCGGUCGUCAUAAGCACAUACUCAUCAUUCAACUUCAAUCGUCCAUGCAUAAACGUACGGGAUUAUGGAUCCCUAUUGAAGAGCUUUGGGAUCGGUUAGGAGGUCUGUAUAACCUUGAGAUGCUGGAUGAGAUGUCCUCAAGCUCAUCCACCUCAUUACCAUCUUCACCACCCCUCUUAUCCCCUUUACUACCCAAAUCGCCUAAAGCCAACUCUGAUCGAUCUUCUUUAUCUCCUUUAUCGGACAUAUCAAUAACCUCACCUCGUAAAUCCAAACCCACCAAGAGGGGUAGACCCUCCACGGGAAGAAGAAAAUCAUCAUCUACAGAAUUACCCAAAGAGAAAGGGACAAAAUCAAAGUCGGCAAAAGUGAUUAAUUCUGAACAUUUUAAAGAAAGUUUUGAUCUACCUUAUUUCAAGGGGAAAGGUCGACGUGGUUCACAUGCGAAUGCGAAUAAAGCUGUAAAAGAUGAUGAAGAUGAGGAUGAUCAAGAGAGUGAUAAGGAGGACGAAGAAGAACAAGGGGGAAAAGAAGGGGAAAGGAAUGAGGAAGAUGGAGGGGAAGGGGAAGAAGACGGUAGAAGGGAUUCGGAUGAUAAUUGGGAGAAAAUGAUUUAUCCCCGUGCGGAAGAUCCUGGUAAAGAUGAGAAGUGGGGUGCAGAUGGUCCGACUAAAUCAGAGGGAAAGGAGGAGGAGGAGGAGGAGGAGGAUCAGGAUGAAGGUGAUGGUGACGAGCAAGGAGAAGAGGAAGAGCCUCAAGACGAAGAAGAAGAUGGUGAACCAGAGGAAGAAGAACAAGAACAAGAGGAAGAAGAAGAGAAGGAAGAAGAAGUCUCCUCUCCCGUUAAGAGAAAACCAGGUAGACCGCCUAAGAAUGCCAACAAAUCUAAAGAUACAUCAACACCUGUGUCUGCAUCUGCAUCUAGAUCUAGGAGAGAUAGUGUGAGUACUCGCCGACGGACGAAUAGGGGUAAGAAGGAUGAGAGUGAGAGUGAGGAGGAGUAUAGGGGGAAGAGGAAAAGGGAUGAAGGGGAGGGUGAGAAUGUGAGUUUGAGUUUGAGUUUGAAUCAACCUCGGGGUCAAGAGUGUCAAUUUUUGGAGAAGGGGCGUUCUGAUGAUGUAUUUAUUGUUCAUGGAUAG